AUGGGUGAUCUCUUGAAACGUGCAGGUAUGACAGAGUGUAAGCCACUGGCCACUCCAGCUGCUGUCACCCAACCUGUCUCUCCACCGACUCAACCCUUUGAGAACCCUACACAGUACCGGCGUCUCGUUGGUGCCUUACAGUAUUUAACCAUCACACGUCCGGAUUUGUCAUACUCUGUGAAUCGGCUUUGUCAGUUUAUGCAUGCACCAACUGAUGAGCACUGGGGUCUUCUGAAGCGGGUCCUUCGGUAUGUCAAGGGAUCUCAGGACCAUGGCCUCCGCUUAUCGUGCUCCGAGUCCACCGACAUACAUGCCUUCUCCGACUCAGACUGGGCUGGCUGUCCGAUCGAUAGGAAGUCAACCAGUGGUUACGCUGUAUUCAUCGGGACUAACCUUGUGUCCUGGGUCUCCCGCAAGCAACGGACAGUGGCCCGAUCAUCGACCGAGGCUGAGUACAAGGGUCUGGCGGACGUUUCAGCCGAAGUUACUUGGAUAGUUUCCCUACUUCGUGAGCUUGGUCUUCACUCCGGCAAGCCGGCUACUCUAUGGUGUGACAAUCUCGGUGCUACGUAUCUCUGUGCCAAUCCGGUGUUCCACGCUAGGACCAAACACGUCGAGAUUGACUACCACUUCGUACGGGACAAGGUGGCAUCGGGUGAUUUCCUGGCUGAUGAACUUCUCCCCAUUCUCUCCGCGGAUCUAGAAGCAUCCCAGCUGGGGCUUUCCGGGUUGACCACCACGUUUAUGCCGGCAACGCCUUUCUCCAACCCCUCAUUCACCGUCAAAGCCCGAGUCUUGAACGAGUUGCACUGCUUGCAGUGCUCUAUCGCGACGGUCUUCCCAUCCCCCGACCGGCAAUGA